UACCCACACAGCACCCACACCUAACAUACCCACACAGCACCCACACCUAACAUACCCACACAGCACCCACACCUAACACACCCACAUUACCACCAAUACCCACACCUAACAUACCCACACAGCACCCACACCUAACAUACCCACACAGCACCCACACCUAACAUACCCACAUCUAAUGCUAAUACCCACACAGCACCCACACCUAACAUACCCACACAGCACCCACACCUAACAUACCCACACGCAGCCAUACAGAGCCAUGGGUGGAUACAUCGACUCCCAGACGUGGGAGGCCUGGCUUGAAUCGUAUGAGGUAUUGUGGGACAAUACGUCUCUCGUCUUCGUGGCAUCAGUAAUACUCUCACUGGUUUUGGUUGUUGCCACCUGGCUGAUGAACACCCCACACCACAGCAGUAACCAUGGGCAGCAGAACAAGGGUGAGAUGGAAAAAUUGAAGGAUAUUCAGGAAAUGAAUUUAGAAGGAGACUCGGAACAAGAGUUGGAGGAGGAAAAUGAAAAGAGUAUCGAGAAAUUGUUGGAGAUGAAUCAGUGUUUUCCUGGGGAGAUGAGGAAGGUACCACGACGGGUCUUGGAGAAAACUGUCGAGAAGCAAAUGAGUGAGGAACAGAGACAGGCAGAAAGGGAGGUACAAUCUCAGCAGUUGGCAGCCAUUUUCAAGAUGAUGCAAGACCAAGAGGAUAAAUUUGGACAGACAACAAUCGAUGAAAUAAAGGACCAAAUGAAGCUGUAUUGCAGUUAACUGGAUUCAUCAAAGGGAUACAGCUCAGUCCUAUUUAUUGCACUAUAAUCCCUAAAAAAUGUAUAAUUCAUUUGAGCAGAGAUAAACUGCAGAUUCUUUGAUUAAUUCUUUUAAAGUGUUUCUUUUGGGUCACCCUGCCUUGGUGGGAGACGGCCAGUGUGUUGAAAAAAAAACAUACUUAUUUAUAUAUACGUACAUAUUUGAAUGUAUACAUAUAUUUUGGACACAAAUGAGAUGCUAAGCACACAGUAGGCUUAGAAUAUUUAUUGCUCUUGUACCAGAGUUUGGCAGAUAUUCUGUGUUCGUGUUUGUGUGUGCACACAGUAGUCAUGUGUUAAGUGAUCUAGAGAAAUUAGCUUUCUCAUAGCAUAAACAAGUACCAGUCCAAGAUAUUCUUGGCCACUGAUUUGCAUACAGGCAGAGUUUCUGUAAUGUGAGUGCAAGAACACUUAGCUCUGGGAACAAGCAGAAUUCAAACCCAUGACAAGCCAGUCAGUGUUUUACUACUAGACCACACAGGCUUAGUAAAAUUCAUCCAAUUUUAUAAAGUGGAUGUCCUCUUAAUCACCUAGAUAGGAACUGGAGGAAUGGUUUGUUAACUGAAUUACAUUUUCCUCAUAGAAGCACAUGCUGUAACUUGGGAACAGGACAGAGACAAUAAUAUUCCGUAAUCUGGUUAGCUGGAUUUGAGUCCUGGAGGUGGGAAGUACAAUGCCUGCACUUGAAAAGGGGUUUGGGAUAUUUGCUGUUUAAAGUGACAUCUAAACUGUUGUAUCUGUAUGGCUCUGCAUAGACAGUGAUUGUGUGAAUGAUGGUGAAAGUUUCUUUUUUUCUGGGUCACCCUACCUCAGUGGGAGACAGCCAGCCUGUUAAAAAAUAAAACUUUACAGUAGUCGAUGGUGUUACUUUUCUCAGUAAUUUGAUGAUUUAUAUUUCGUGUGUUGUGCUUUUGUAGCUGUAUAGCCCUUGUGGUUUAGUGCUUCUUUGAGAUUCUUCUUUCUUUCAACACACUGGCCAUAUCCCACCGAGGCGGGGUGGCCCAAAAGGAAAAACAAAAGUUUCUCCUUUUACAUUUAGUAAUAUAUACAGGAGAAGGGGCUACUAGCCCCUUGCUCCCGGCAUUUUAGUCGCCUCUUACAAUACGUAUGGCUUGUGGAGGAAGAAUUCUGUUCCACUUCCCCAUGGAGGUAAGAGGAAAUAAACAAGAACAAGAAGAAAGAAAAUAGAAGAAAACCCAGAGAGGUGUGUAUAUAUUGCUUGUACAUGUAUGCGUAGUGUGACCUAAGUGCAAGUAGAAGUAGCAAGACGUACCUGAAAUCUUGCAUGUGUAUGAGGCAAAAAAAGACACCAGCAAUCCUACCAUCGUGUAAAACAAUUACAGGCUUCCAUUUUACACUCACUUGGCAGGACGGUAGUACCUCCCUGGGCAGUUGCUGUCUACCAACCUACUACCUAGGUUCUUUGAGAUUAUAAUAAUAAUAUGCUUUUGUAAAACAAAAGGAAAGGGGGUGCAUAACACCAUUAUGCUUCUUCUAUGAAGGUAGGGAGAAGUGGUGGGAGGUACAGUAUGUAAUAUGACAACCCCUUUCUCACAGACGUGAACAGAUUUGUUCUUUGAGAUGGGGAGAGGCCACAACCUUGUAUCUGGCAGUUGUAUGAACACAGAGGAUUAAUUAACCCUUAAACUGUCCAAAUGUAGAUCUAUGUUUGCACGCGUAGCACUCUGAACGUAGAUCUAAAUUUUUUUUUUACAUGUUUAUGGAGAAAAUCGAAGUUGGAGCACUAUACCCGCAAACGUAGAUCUAUGUUUGGACAGUUAAAUGGAUUGGGAGGGUUCCAAGUUUUUCUUUGUAGUUACUGUAUUUGAAAAUUUAUGUGAACGGUUGUUAAGCAAAGGUGUACUAAAUUUCUGUACACUAAACAGUUUAGUAUGUGCCCCACCAUGACCACAAUUGCAAGUUUUUAUGGAUGCAUCUCACAGCCAGAGAUGAGAUCUAGUUCAAGUUCUGGGUUUAGCGCUUCUUUUUGAUUCUAAUAAGAAUGAUUGUGUGAAUGAUGGUGAGUGUUGAAUGAUGGGAAAAGUGUUUGUUUUGGGUCACCCUGCUCAGUGGGAAAUGGCCAACGUGUGAAAAAAAAAUAAUAGCUAAAGUUCCUCAAAUCCUUUAUCAUUGACUUGUAAAAAUGGUAAACGCGAUUUUUGCGGGUCAUUGCAAAUUGCUUUGAAGGUGCAAGAGUUAGAUCUCGUUGCUACAGUGCGAGUGCAAAAUUUGUAAAUGGAAACUUGGCUUUGUGGUUAAGGGUUAACUCCUAAUGUGCAGUAAUGCCUAGUUAUCCGAAUCUUGAGACUGUGCAGUCUAGUAAAGCACUAGUCUACAAGUUUAAUGACUAACUUGCCUUGAGUAGGUCCUGCCUGUUCCCCAGAGUUGUUUAUGAUCUUGUUAUACUGUAGUAUAUGAUUUUCAUGAAAAACAUGAAUUUCACGAGUUUAUCGAUAAGGCCAUACUUGUUACACGACCAACCAAUUUUCUACAUCUUGCCUACCUUCUACUAAAAUAAUAAGCAUGAAGAUCAAGGCAACUUUAGAUAUUUUUAUGUCAAGGUAACUGUUAACAAUAAUUAAUGCACAAAUUACACUGCUGGAAGGUGAAUAAACUAUAGUAUUGUCUA